AUGCAGAUAUUUAGUAAUCUGAUAUUUUUUAUAUCCUCAUAUCACCAUUACAAAAGUGCAGAAGUUGAAUUAGUGAAAAUUGUAGUUGUGCAUGAGACAUACAUUGCAAAUGCAGAUAUAACAUGUGAGGUGCACCCUAUUAAGUGUGAUUCGCGGGGCCUUGCAGAGCGUCAGGCGCGGCCGCGACGCAUCGCGACUCGCACUUGGUUGUUGUCAUCGCCUCCUGGAGUCGUCAUGUCGUCUGGCAAGAAAGGAAAGAAAACAAAAGGGAAACCCGUACCCCUCGGGGAGUUCCUUGGCGCUGCCAGCCCAUGCGGUGGAAGUGCCGUUGUGGUAAACAAAACAAGCUGGGCUGAAGAGUCCGAGGAUUAUGAUGAAGACCGCUACGUUGCGCCCGAGAGAUUUGCACUGCCAACGGCACCACGCACAGCCCGCGGACCUGAUGUGGAUCCAGAGCGUAUCCCAACCAGCCCGCCAUUCACUGCUUACAUUGCUAAUCUUCCAUUUGAAGUGGAUGAUCUUGAGAUUGAGCGUUUUUUCACUGACCUAAAGAUUAAAUCUAUUCGCUUGCCACGUGAAGGUGGUGAAAAUGGUCGCUUCAAAGGCUUUGGAUAUGUUGAGUUUGAGACUCGAAGUGACCUGAUUGAUGCUCUCUCUAAAAAUGAUGAU